AUGGCCACGAGCGCUGCCGGCGACGAGGUGGUGGCGGCCGAGUCCAAGGAGCAGCGACUCUCGUUUAUCGAUUUACCUGCGGAAGCCCAGCAAGAAAUCAUCUCACACUGCUCACAAAGCGAUCUGAUAUGCCUCGCUGUCGUCUCUCGUCACUUCCAUGAACUCGCCUCGGCUCAGCUCUAUAAAAACUUCCACAUCAUCUUUCCCGAUGAUGACGACCUCAGCUUCGACUCUUCUAUCGACGGUCUUGCCAGCGGCCUUAAUACGUUCACCACGAGCAAUUAUGACUACGCCAAACACCUAAGAGAUUUCUCCAUGGACACUCUUAGUGCUGGCCUCAAGGGAGAGGCCUCUUAUCAGUCGUAUUUGUAUUCUGCUAGUUGUGGAAAAUUUCUAAACACGCUUUUACAUCUUACACUGAAACGGGCCAGGUCUCUUGAAGUUUUUCGAUGGAACAUCCGUGUAGAAUUAAGCAGGCCCGUUUACCGCGAGCUGCAUCGAAUAGCAUCGCUCAAGAAGCUACAUGUUCGGAUGCAGGCAGGAGAAUCUUACUACACGCGACCACCACCACUGCCAGUCUCUUCCGGCAACUACCCUCAGCCAAGUGCGGCAAAUCCUUGGGGAAGCAUUCCGCCACUUGCUCCCCUCUCUCUGCUGCCUCCACCGCCGCAUCCGGGAGCUACCCUGCCUGUCGUUAGUGGACCCCCGCCUGCUCUGAUGCCACCGUCAUACAAAUCAGCGCUUAAGAACAACGUCGGAAAGCAUGCAGACGGUGCAAAAGAGCCCUCCACAUUUUCAGGGUUCAAAAAUCUCAGGAGACUAAGUGUCUUGGAUAUCGACACCCUCGAUAUAGUGAGCGAGCUCAAUAUUUGUAUCAAGAAUUCGAGCUGUACGCUCACUGAGCUUCAACUAUCUUUAUCCGAUACUUUAGCGAACCAGGCACGUAAGCCUUCACCCGGUUCCGACGCAGACGAUUCAGACAUUGAGGGCGAAUUUCAAGUUCAUCCCACCACCCAGAACAACAAUAAUAUGGAUGAUAUCGACUAUGACACUAUUGGUCCCGUCAGAGCUUUUCGAGCCCAAGAAGAGCGAAAGCUUCAGGAGUCGAUGCUUGGUAGAAUACUCGAGCUGUACCCCCACUCAAUUAACGCGCGGCCCAAAGCAGAGGAUGAUCAAGCCAGCCAGGAUACCGACAAAAAGAAUACGGAAACUCCAGCAAUGGACCCUAGCGAGGCCUUCUUUACAUCCAUAAAGGAAGCUUAUACUAAAAUUACUGACGGGUCAUCUCGAUUCUCAGAUCGGCAAGAGAUACUUGACACUAUGGCGAAAGCUGCAAGGAAAUAUGUAUAUUCUAUCGACACUUCUGGACCGGCUACUUGGCCGCCAAAUGCCUCCAACGGAGAAGCCUCAACCAGCACGGCCCAGGCGGUUACUGAGGGCGAAUCUCCAAGCACAGGCGAUAAAGCAGAUGCUGAGGCCCCCUCUGCCAAGGAAGCUGAAGAGAAUACCACUUCCACAGCAGAGGCAAAGUCCGAUGAAAGCUCAUGUAGCAAUGUAUCCAAGAAGAAAAGCGGUGACGUUUCUCCAGAGGAUAUUGAUAUUGAGCACCUAGAGGUCAUCGACGAUGGAUUUGAAGAAACAGAGUACUCGAGUCCUUCAAAUAGCAUCGAAUAUAAACCUGUGGACGGGUCCACUUCCGAAGCAGAGCCUCUGCAAUUCGAUUUUUCUGCUGAUUCGGCAGCUCCUACCCCUGUGGUUGAUGCAGUUGCAGUUGCAGUUGAUACUGCUGGAACAUCAAGCAAGGCGGCUGAGGCUGAGGUUGAGGCUGGGGCUGAGGCUGAAAUGCCAUCUAAAAUGACGGAAAAGGCUAGAAAGCUUGCUGCGGCCAAGGCAGCAAAAAUCAAUCUCGAGAACCUAAUGACCAAACUUGGUUCAUUCCGAGACCGAUCAAAAGCCAUAGGAAAGCGAAUUAAUGAUAUGCGUGCCCAGGGUUCAUCGAUGGACCAGGUUCUUAUCAAAGACGCCGACGCACAGUUCACAGGAUUCAGCUCCAUGGUUACUGACCUCCAGAAUGAAAUCCAGGUAGUUGAGGAGGAGAUGGAUGAGGUAGAGCGUCAAGUAGCAGCCAUCAACCGCAACGGCAUGAGAGAUUAUAUCCGUCGAACAAGAGGGUUGACGCUUACGUCUCUGAGCAUCCAUCUCAUCCCCGUCAAGGCAUCUGUUUUAUCACGGUCGAUCAACAUUUCCUGUCUCAAGCAGCUUACCCUUCUCAACGUUGGCAACCAAGUGCCUAUCUGGAAUCUUCUCGCCAAAGAGAACAGACAGCGGCCUCUUGGGCUGAGAAGCAUCUUCACUGACAAUGUGACUGACACGUUUCUCGGUUUUGCAUCUGAGCUCGAAGAGAUACACGAGCUCUUUCUACUGGAACGGGAUGUUAAAAGUAAACCUGAAAGUUUUGCGCCGCGAGGCUCAACGGUAAUAGACCAGAUUCGCCGGCUUGUCCUCAAGAAACACAUUCGCAAACUAAAGCGAUUGAUGAUCAGGGAUGAGUCUUCUGGACCUAAUUGGGACUGUAAUGAGAAAACGAUGGUCCUUAUAUGCACUCAAGGGCGGAAUCUUAAGGAGUUGGCGCUGAGCAUGAAUAUCCACGCUCUGCAUGUUUUUAUGCAACACGUUUCCGGGCUUGUCAAUCUGUGUGCCAUUAAUAUCGUACACUUUCGCAGCCAUGAUGCCUGCAUGUCGGUUAUGCGAGAAAUCCUAAGGUUCAUUGUUGACAAUCUAUCACACCACCCCGAGCUCAAGCUAGAAUGGAUCGCAAUGGAAGGUGAUCGUGUAUACCAAGUUGUCAGGCCAAAUCAGGGGAUUGAUGACACCUCAAAUGAACAAAGCAAUAACAAGCGAGCGAAGGGCAAGAGCAAGGACACGGCAGCCCCGGUCAGUACUGGUCUUCACAAUCCUUUCCCAGCUCUUCCUAUGGACAGUCUUGAUUCAGAAAGCGAUAGCGAUGAUGUAGAUAUUAACGUCGGAACCCAUCUACGAUUUAAGACAAUUGGGCCUCUGCGGUUUUACGACGUCUGGGGAGUAAAAAUAUUCGAAAAAGAAAUACAGAGCGGGAGAUUGUAA